AUGCUCAAGAACGCGAGCCGGAAUCCUCAACAUCGCUGGAUCGGCCCCAUCUUCCUCGUCUUCGUCCGCUGGCCGUCGUCGUCGAUUGCUCCAGCAAGUCCUCCCCGGGCCUUCUCAACAAUGUUGGUGAGGUUCCGCCCCUCCUCCGCCUCUCUGAUAGACCGCCUGCUCCCCGCUAGUCUUCCCCUUCUUCCUUUCUCCGUCAUCGCCGUAGUCGUGACUGCCGUCCCUGAGUUCCUCCUUGGCCACGUCGGUGCGCGCGCGCCUGCUCUCUGCUGCAGCUGCUACCUAGUGCCUCUGCACGCCGCGUCCGCCCGAGCCUCACUUCUGCUACAGCCUGCGCUAGGCCGCGCCCCAUCCAGUGCCCGGGGCUCCGCCCGCCAGCGCCUUGCCGCGACCAGGCGUGCCCCCGCGCCGGCUCCGCUACAGCCGCUGCCGCUUCCCUUGCUUGUCACACCCCUCCUCUGCCACUCGCCGCUGCUUCCCCUGAACCGCGUGCCUACAGCGCCGUCGCUGCCGCCGGCCUCCCCCGGCCAUGCCCACCCGCGCCGCUGUGCCCUGCCGCUGCUCACCCUCCUGCGUGCGCCCCCAUUCCCCACCGCUCCAACCCAUACCGGCCGCGGCCGCCCCCCCCCCCCCCGCAGCCACAGCAACCGACCGCGCCCGCUCCGCCCAUCUCCGCCGCCUGCCGCUCGCUCGUCAGCGGCGAGCCACGCUCGCCUACCCCGCUCGCCGGCCAAGCCCUGCACUUGGCCCGCGCUUGCGCCGGCUGCGUUCCGGCCAUGGCUUCGACCCAGGUAUGCGCGUGCGCGCUAG